AUGACUUCUCCCGAUGGAGCAGCAAAAGAAGCGUCGAUCCCACCGGAAGGCGAGGAAAGCUUUGAAACCCUCAAGUAUCAGUUGCUGGGGCCGUCCUUGACUAAAGCGGGCCAAGACACAGUCGAUCAGCAAAAAGUAUCAGAAAUUAUCUACAAUGCUUCUAAGGGAUCCAAGUUCUUUGACCACGAGCAAGAACGUGAUCGCACUCUCACUGUCAAGAUUCAGCGCAUCCUCAAAGUGAAAGCCCGACUGGAAAAGUUGGACCUAUCCCAUGAUCUGCGCCGGGCCGAUGAAUAUCUCGCCAGUCUCGAGUUAGGCCGCGAUCUUUCUCAAUACAUAAUACAUGUAGACUGCGAUGCUUUCUUCGCGGCAGUGGAAGAGUUGGGCCGCCCGGAACUGAAAACGGUUCCCAUGGCUGUUGGGAAAGGCGUGCUCACGACAUGCAACUACGAGGCCCGGAAAUUCGGAGUUCGCAGUGGAAUGGCUUCAUUUGUGGCGAAGAAAUUGUGUCCGCAAUUGAUUCUCAUAUCUUCCAACUUUGACAAAUACACUGCCAAGGCAAAGGAAAUUCGCGAAAUCAUCGCUCAGUAUGAUCCGCUCUUUGAAAGUGCGAGUAUUGACGAGGCAUACUUGAAUAUCACCGCGUACUGUGCAGAGAAUGAACUUGGGCCAGACGAGGCCGUGGAACGCAUGCGAGCGGAGAUUCUGGAAGUGACGAAAGUCUCCGUCUCUGCCGGGAUCGCUGCCAACGCUAAAUUGGCCAAGAUUUGCUCAAACAUGAACAAGCCGAAUGGGCAAUAUCGCAUCCCCAAUGAUCGGACUGCUAUUAUGAAUUUCAUGCAAGAUUUGUCAGUGCGCAAGGUCAAUGGAAUCGGCCGUGUGUUUGAGCGAGAGCUGGACUCGAUCGGUAUCAAGACUUGCGGGGAUAUCUACCCCCAGCGCGCCUUUCUGACGAGGUUGUUCGGUGAGAAGGCUUUCCAGUUUCUUGCGCAGUGUUAUCUGGGUCUCGGGCGGACGAAGAUCGAGCCUGUCGAGACACAUGAACGCAAGAGUGUAGGCACCGAGACGACUUUCCAUGCGAUUGACGGCAAAGAAGAGAUCCGUGCAAAGCUCCGCUGGGCUGCGGAUGAGCUCGAGAAGGAUCUGACGCGCACUCAAUUCAAGGGCCGGACCCUUUGCUUAAAGGUCAAGCUUCAUACGUUCGAAGUCCUCACACGCCAGACGGCGCCUCCUCGACCUGUGUGUCAAGCAGAUGAUUUAUACGCCUUCGCCUUGCCCAUGUUGAUCAAACUCGAAAAAGAAAUACCGGCAUUGAAGUUGCGACUUCUUGGUCUGCGAGUCACUAAUCUCGUGAGCACUAAAAAGGUCGGGCCGGGCUUCUUUGGCAUGGCGACUGCGCACAAGACCAACUCAACGACCCUUGCCAGGGCGGCCGAUGAACGUGAAAUCGGCGCCGAGGAGGCAUUUGAGAAUGCUGCUCGGCAAGAGAGGCAAGACGAAAUGAACGAUCUUGAACAGCUCAGUCAAGAGGUGGAGACACAGGUGACUACUUCCUCGUGUGUCAGGGCGGCUGCCGAUGACACAACCAGCGCCGGCGAGCUUGCCGCCGUCAACUCGACUCAGCAGCCUCCGGUGGUUCAGCUGUUGAAUUGCCCAGUUUGUGGUCGACCUCAAACUGCGGAUAAUCGGAUCUUCAAUGACCACGUAGAUUUUUGUCUUUCGAGGCAAACGAUACGCGAAGCCGCCCAGGAUUCGGCAUCUGAUGAGCUUACCGGGCCUUCCGUCAGAAAGCGCAAAUCGCCGGUUCAGCCGUUAUCAACCGAUUCUGAUCCACGGCAAAAACGGCUUUUCUUCAAAUAG